CCACCCCGUCCCUGACCCACAGACUUGACCCUUACAGGCACAUUCUAUCCUUAACUUGUUGAAUCAGACAGAGGUGAUGACACAAUCCGCCAACUGAGCGGGGAAGAUUGCUUCGCGUAGAGUUGGAAUGCGGCCCGUCCGUCAGGUACACGGACAGAACUUUCCAGCGACCUCUGGAUCGGUCCGGUGAUGAGAUAAGGGUCAGACUGAGGGAGGUGGGUUCCGGGACGGAAGACGCGAUUAAACCGGAACUUUUCUCAUCUUCACAUCAGAGGAAGAAGAAAGUUCCUGUUAGCGUUUAGCUAAGGUUAGCAUCUCCGUGUCCGGAGCCGAGUUCCGGUCCGACGGACCAAAGUUACAGCAAAGUUCGGUGGAACAUCAGACUGUGAUGUCAUCAUGUUUCCUUGACAGUCAGCCCCCAGAACUCAUUCCAGGUGUGGUUAGUACACACAACGGUUCUUGUGUUCUGACUGGUAAACUGUUGGUUGUCCACCGCCAUGAAUCUGAGUCAUGAGAAGCUGUCGGCACAGCUGAGGCGGAGCUCCAGACUCAGGAAGCUGACGGCCGUUCUGCUCACCGCCUACGCUGUUAAAAAACUGUCUCCGUAUGUUUGGAAGGGACUACAGAGGUGUGCAGCAGGUAGGCGGAGCGGUGGAGCUGAGGCACCUGAGGAAGUGGUCAGCUGCUUGGAUGAUGGUGAAAAGAAGAAACCAAAGAAGAAAGUCAACAUAUCUCCAGCUGUCAACAGGGAUUUCAUCCUAAGACUUUCUCGCCUGUUAAAGCUCCUGUUUCCACGGUUACUGUGUCCAGAGGUCAGCCUGCUCGCCCUGCACUCCGUGACCCUGAUGUCCCGGACCUUCCUGUCCAUCUAUGUUGCUUCGCUGGACGGUGUAAUAGUCAGGUGCAUCGUUCAGAAGGAUCCGCGUGCCUUUGUGCUGCAGCUGUCAAAGUGGCUUCUCGUCGCAGUUCCCGCAACCUUCAUCAACAGCGCCAUCAGGUUUUUGGAGGGCCAGCUGACUCUCAGGUUCAGGAGCCGAUUGGUCAACCACGCCUACCAGCUGUACUUCACCAACCAGACCUAUUACCGCGUCAGCAACAUGGAUGGACGUCUGUCUAAUCCCGAUCAGUCCCUGACGGAGGACAUCGUGGUGUUUUCAGCCUCCAUUGCUCACCUGUACUCCAACCUGACCAAACCCAUCCUGGAUGUGGUAGUCACCUGCUACACGCUGCUGCGCACCGCCCACUCUAAAGGAGCCAACACCACGUGGCCUGCUGCCAUUGCUGGCCUGGUGGUGGUGCUCACCGCUAAAGUCCUCCGCUCCUGCUCGCCACACUUUGGGACGCUGGUGGCUGAGGAGGCUAAGAGGAAAGGAGACUUGAGGUACAUGCACUCACGGAUAAUCACCAACUCUGAGGAGAUCGCCUUCUACGGGGGACACAGGGUGGAGUUGGCUCAGCUACAGAAGAGCUACUCAGCCCUGUCCUCCCAGAUCCGUCAGAUCCUGCGGAAGCGUCUCUGGUACAUCAUGCUAGAACAGUUCCUCAUGAAGUACGUGUGGAGUGCCUCUGGCCUGGUGAUGGUCGCUUUGCCCAUCAUCACUGCCACAGGAUACUCUAAGAGCGACUCCGAGGAGGUGAAGCAGGCAGCGAUGGAGAUGAAGGAGGAGGAGCUUGUGAGUGAGCGCACGCAGGCCUUCACCACGGCCAGGAACCUGCUGAACGCCGCAGCUGAUGCUGUGGAGAGGAUCAUGAGCUCCUACAAAGAGGUGACUGAGCUAGCAGGUUACACCUCCCGGGUGUCUGAGAUGCUGGACGUAUUUGAAGAUGUGAACCAGGGCGUCUAUCGUCGAUCUGUGGAGAGGGAUGAGGAGCCGGCAGCAGGAGGAGGAGGUGGAGGAGCAACGGUUCGACACGGGCAGAGAGUCUGUGGUCCUCUGGAGAUCAGAGGUCAGGUGGUCAGUGUGGAGAAGGGCAUUCGUUGUGACAAUCUGCCGAUCAUCACACCCACAGGUGACAUGGUGGUGUCCAGCCUCAGCAUUCAGGUGGACGACGGCAUGCACGUGCUGAUCACCGGUCCAAACGGCUGUGGGAAAAGCUCCCUGUUCCGGAUCCUGAGUGGACUGUGGCCCGUUUAUGAAGGAGUUCUGUACCGACCAGAACCACAUCACAUGUUCUACAUCCCUCAGAGGCCCUACAUGUCAGAGGGGACGCUCAGAGACCAGGUGAUCUACCCAGACUCUGUGGAGGACAUGUCUCAGAAGGGGAUCACAGACUCACAUCUGGAGGAGAUCCUUCGUACCGUUCAUCUUCUCUACAUCCUGGAACGGGAAGGAGGUUGGGAGUCCAUCAGCGACUGGAAGGAUGUCCUGUCUGGAGGAGAGAAGCAGAGGAUGGGGAUGGCUCGCAUGUUCUACCACCGGCCGCGGUACGCCCUCCUGGAUGAGUGCACCAGUGCUGUUAGUAUCGACGUGGAGGGGAAAAUCUUCCAGGCAGCAAAGGAUGCUGGGAUUUCUCUUCUAUCAAUUACACACAGACCCUCCCUCUGGAAGUACCACUCUCACCUGCUGCAGUUUGAUGGAGAAGGAGGAUGGAAGUUUGAAACUCUGGAUGCCUCCACGCGCUUGUCCCUACAGGAGGAGAAACAGCGUCUGGAGAAUCAGCUGUUGGGGAUCCCGAAGAUGCAGCAUCGUCUGAGCGAGCUGCGAGUCCUGCUCGGUGAGGCGGAUCCAGAGAGCGAAGAUGAGACGGAUACAAGAUUAGAUGGACACACACAUUAAAUACAUCACGGAGAUGUGUGUGUGUGUGUGUGUGUGUGUGUGUGUGUGUGUGUGUGUGUGUGUGUGUGUGUGUGUGUGUGUGUUUGUGUGUGUGUGUGUGUGUGUGUGAGAGAGAGAGAGAGAGAGAGAAGGUCCUUACAAUUCUGGUGUUGGAAGGUUGAUCACAUGACUGACACGCGUUUUUAAAUCUCUUCCUUUUUAGAGGAAGAACUUUUACCUUUUACUUCCUGCCCUGAUUGGUCGAGGAGUCAGACGGCGACCAUCACAUAGGAGAACAUGUUAGUGGACAGACUUUAAUGAUCGGAGUAACAGAUGAGGUUUUAACCCAGUGGGUUCCAGAGUCCGGGCGUUCUCAGCACCAGUUCCUGUACAGAAAACCCACUCGUGUCUCAUUGUGGAACCUCUUUGGACUAACAGAGUCCAACAACAAAUCAGGAAUUCUGAGUUCAUUUAAAAUUUUAACGUUUAAUUUAAUUCAGAUGAAAAAAACCUCAAUUUUAUUGUUGAAAAUGGAAUUAGUGAAACAGAUCCAAGCUCACUGUCCUCUUCCUGCUGAUGUGAUUAAAGCGUUGUUCAUAAAC